GCCGCUUGAAGUACCGUUCAUUGCUUCCUCUCCUCAGCACGACGGACUCUGCUUUUUCUCUUCAUUAACAUGGUUUCCCUCUCAAAGGUAUGUGUUAAUCCUCUCCUCUAUAACAGUCUGCUUGGGUCUUGCUUUGAUUCAUAUGGCUGUUGUUUGACAUGAAUGUUGUUUAGCGGAGAAGCCUUUGAACAUUACAUGUAACUAUGACUUUUGUGAAUUGGCAACUUACGUAUGGGUUACUGUUGGGUGAAGUCUUCUUUUUUGAAUACCACUCUUUUAAAUAGUCUACCUAUUUUGGACAGGUAGCAGACACUAGUUUGUUGUAGAUUGGGAAAAAAAUAUGUCAUGGCUAUGUAAUAUGUGUUCAAUGUUGAUAGCUAACGUGUCCUUGUAGUUAUUCAUAUAAAAUGUGGACAAGUACUGAGGAUAGCUAGGGUGGACUAUAAAGUUGCAACAUAGUAGUAAUUCACUCAUUGACUGCAUGGAAUUGUUUCCAAACUCCAUAUAUGUGAGGACAGUAUUAUAUAUCUGGAUGGGGUCAGAGAAUGAUCUUAGUAAAAUUUUCUUAGUUUACUCCUAAGUACUUGGUUAAGAAGAUUGUAUUGUGCCCUUAACUAAUGUAUGCACUUAUUUGAUUUGUAUGGUUUGAUUGGUAUUUCUAUUUGUAAUCUCAUAGCUAUGUAAUACUCUGCACUCCAUAUGAAAAUGCAUGUGUUCCAUGCCCAUACCGCUACAUAUCAGGCUAGACUGUUUUGCCUUUCUUAAGGCAACUCAACUUGAUAUUACUAGAAGUCAUACGUAAGAUAUCUGUUAUGUAUGGUUGGAGGGUAAUUUAUAUAGUGCAUGGGUUUGACAUAUGCAUGUGUGUGUUUGUCCUAUUAUAUAAUAAUAAAAGCUAUACAAAAUGGUGAACAAAAUCAGAUAAGUAACUUACAAGAAGCAAAGGUUCACUAUUUUUGGUGUAUUACUAAAAGCAAAUGAAUCUGUUGUUUGUAUAUUACUAGAAGUAAAGGUUAUCUAUUAUGCGUAUUUUAUAUAUUCACUAGGGAUAGCAAGGCUUAGUUGUCUAUUAUGUUGCUCUAAAAUAUUGAAAUACGGUCUACCAAGAUGAUAAUAUAUGUUGUACUCCCUCCGUCCCAUUUAAAAGUUCUCAUCCACUAUUCUCCGGUCAACGUGCAUUGUUAUUAAUCUUUUACUUUUUAUAUAAAAAUUUUAUGAUAUUUAAAUUAUUUUUGCAGGAUGUGUAGUAGUUUUAAUGUAGUUCCUGAAUAUGUAAAAUUUAUUUACUAAAAAUAAUUCUAUCAAUGACAGAGAUCAGUUAACUUUAUGGUAAGUCAAAUAUCGUAAACCGCGUGGGAACCUUGAAGUGGGACGAAGGGAGUAUUCCUUUUUGUGUUAAGUUAGGCAGUUAAGUGAUUUAAGUGACUCUCUAAGACCAAGAAAGAGUAUAUCUCAUAGUUUGAGCACCUAAUUCAACAAAAUUGAUUUCUUUUUGAGGGCCAAAUUAUAUUUUAAUAUUGAAUACUUACAUGCAAAUUGUCUAACAUACAUGUAGAAAUCUAUCUCGCCAACAAUAUUUUUUUAGACUGUAUUUAUUUUAUGUGUAUUAAUCCAUAUGUUCAUACCCCCGCCCAUGCAUUUUACUGCAUUUCUCACAUUAUCAUCAAUUAUAGUUAGAAACUAUACAUCUAUUGGGAUCAAUUUAAAGUUUAUGUUCAAAUGGGGUUCACAAGGUAUUUUGGUAUGAGUUUUGUUGCUUCGAGUUCUCCUUCAUGAGAGAAUGAACUUACUUGUACUUUCCCAUUUCGUAGUAAUUAUGUAGAAGAAUUGGAUAAACAUAAAGUUUUAAGCACACUAAAAAAGUCUUUACCAUUUUUAAUUUAUAGAUGGUCCUAACGCAGAAGAAAUUUAUAGAAGGAAGUCGAAGAACAUAAAUGGAGAAGGAUGAAAGUAAUGGAGGGACGGUUAAUUAGACUAAAGAAUUACUUCAUUUGUUUUGUGAUCUUUGUAUCCAAUAUGUAGACAUACGUAAGGGGGGAAAUGGUGAAAUUGUAUCACAGAGGUUGGUGUGGAAGAAAAUUGAGUCGGAGUUUAAGAGAAAAACUAACUUACCAUGGGAUAAAAACAAACUCAAAAAUAAGAUUUAUUGGAUGAGAGAUAGAUGGACUUUAUGGAAGCAAUUGAAGUCCAAAUCUACCAGAUUAGGGUGGGAUCAUUUAAAGGGAACUAUUGGAGCUACUGAUGAACGGUGAACAUUAAAAACUGAGGUUAGUGACAUUUUAUUUUAAUUUAUAUUUUUUAGUUUAGUUAGUUCGUAUACUUUACCCGAGACAACUUAAAAUUUUAUGUAUUUUUAUUAUAGGAAAAUCCAAAUUUGGAACAAUUUAGAAAAGAAUGAAUUGAGCCUAAGCUUGAAUGUAAAUUCGAACAAUUUUUUGGGAGUUAUGUGAAUGAGAAUCUUAAGUACAACCCAGUAUCUAAUUUACUACAACCUUUGCAAGAUGAAGUUUGUGACACGCAUGUUGUGUGUCCACCUAAUACCCAUAUUCCCCGUGUUAGCGUUGAUGAGACAUAUAAGAACUAUUACGGGGACAAUAACUCUGUGAGAAAUGAGACUUGGAAUGAUAUGUGGAGAGAUCUUAGCCCUAGCCUACCUCUUUUCAUGUAGCUCCCCAUGAAGAGACUUAUAUAGAAAGAGACAUCAUAAAGAAGGUAAGAGAAUUUUAGAGGGCGGCUCGUCUCAAAAACACUAAAAGUGCAAAAGCAAAAAAGUGCGACUUCAACUUUUCAAAAAAUGUUAAGUGGUAUGAUGCAACAAUUUGAAGCGAGAAAUAAAGUUGAUGAGGAAGUUGCAACUUCAGUGAAGAACAUGACUAAUGUGAAUAUGAGUGUUAUAAAUUCAAUGGAUGCUCAUACGUCAAAGUAUAUUAUUGAAGAUGUUAUGGAAAAGUUGUGCGCUUUACCUGAUCUCGAUGCACUUGAUCCCAAGUUUUUAUUUGCUUGCUCACUUUUGGAGGACCCCCAAAAGAGGACUAUUUUAUUCACUUUACCGCAUGAUGAAAGUCGAGUUGCUUAUAUUCAGUUUAUGUAUACUGAGCAUAAGAAAAGUGCGACUAGUAUCACAUAGCAUUAGAGAAAUGUAUCUUAACUUUUUCACUAGACAUUUAAGCACAUUUAAAACUUCUUGUGAACUUUUAAGCAUAUUUAAACAUAGGGGUGUUUUGUGAUCUAAACAUAUUUAAGCAUUUAUGUGACAUCAAUGUUGUUAUCAAUAAUAACUUUAAUUUCAAAAUUUUACCUUUUUAUUAUACAUGUUUGAUUGUAAGUGUUCAUGGAUAACUACGACAUGCAAAGUAGAAAUUUUCUUCUCCUAUUUAAGCAACAAUAUGUCUUAUGGCAACAAUACUUUGAAAUAGAUAGUAAAUAUUUGGACAUGAUGACUUCUAUGUCAACAUAUAUGUGUGACUACUGUUUUAAAAACAUAUACAAGGAACCGUGUAUGAAGUCUUAUUUGAUUGGAGAAUGAUGGGUGAAUGAUGUAUUAAAUGGCCAUGAAAAACGAUGUUUUAAUGCAUUUAGAAUGACUCAAAAUACAUUUCGUCAUGUAUGUGCGGAUUUAGACAAUAAGUAUGGCUUGAGGCCUUCAUGUAAGGUUUCAGUUUUGGAGAAAGUGGGUUCGUUCGUUUAUGUACGUACUAAGUAAGAGUGCUUCCAAUAGAGAUACCCAAGAACGUUUUCAACAUUCUUGCGAAACUGUUAGUAGAAUUUUCAAAGAAGUUUUGAAUGUCAUGGGUGGACUUUGUUGGGACAUACUAGCCCCAAAAGAUCCCGAUUUCAAACAAAUUCCCUCACAAAUUGCCAAUGAUGAUAGAUAUAUGCCACAUUUCAAGGUAAAUGUGUACAUUGAUUAAACAUGAUAAUUGAAUUAUUAUAUUAGGAUAGCACUGGAGCUAUUGAUGGUACACACAUUGUAAUAAUCGUACUCGAGGAGGAUCAAAUGUGCUAUCAAGUAAGAGAGGGAAUAUCAACCACAAAUGUUCUAGCAGUUUGCGACUUUGAUUUGCUAUUCACAUAUGUUCUAACAUGAUGGGAGGGAUCAACACAUGAUUCACGCAUAUUCCUAGACACAGUGAACAAUCCAAGCCUUAAUUUUCCAAAGCCACCAAAAGGCACCUCACUAUUUUUUUAAAUACCAUAUAUCAUUUAAUUUACACUUUUAAUUUUAACUAUACUUGUUGCUUUUAUUUCCUUAGAAAAGUAUUACUUGAUUGACAAAUGACAAAGACUAUCCAGAAAGAUAUAGGUGCUUGACUCCGUACCCUAAAACACGAUACCAUCAAUAUGAGUUUCAUGGAUCAAGAUCAAGAGGAUUUCAAUAAGUAUUUAACCGGGCACAUUCAUCCUUAAGAAGUUGUAUUGAGAGAGCGUUUGAUGUUCUUAAGGCUCGCUGGAACAUAUUACAAAAAUGCCAAAUUAUUCAUUAGUGGAUCAAAACACAAUUAUAUGUUCAUGUUUUGCAUUACACAACUAUAUAAGAAAUAGCAAACUUGAUCCAACUUUUGAUUUCAUUAAUGAAGAUCCUGAAUUUAUACCCCUGAUGUUAUUCAAGAUGUUCGAGCUAAUACCACACAAGGUGAUGAUGUAAUGAGAAAUCAUCAGAUGGCGACCAUUCGUGAUAGCAUUGCUUCUAGUUUGAUGUCAUAGGGAUUUUAUUCGUAGUAUAUUAAAAAUAUUGCAAUUCACCAUAUUACUUCUUAAUAUUGGUGUAGUUAAUUGAUGUAUUUUAUGUUCAUAUUUUUUAUUAAGUUAAUUUUAAAAUAAUUUAAUCACAUAUAAUUUUAAUUGAUGAAUUAGUAUAGUUAAUUUUUAUUUAGUUAAUUUACUCACAUAUAAUUUUAAUUGAUGAAUUAGUAUAGUAAAUAUUUAUGUAGUUAAUUUUAAUUGAUGAAUUAGUACAAUCAUAACUUCAUAUUAAACAAAAUAAAAAAUAUAUGCAAAAAAUUAAAAUGUCAUUUUUUUGUCUUUUUACAUAUUAUCCGCGCUACAAUCAAACAACUAAGUUACCGAACAUCUUUCUUCAACCCACCAAGCUAACCCGCAUGUCAAAUCCACUGAUUGAAUCCGCUAUUUACUAGUCGCUAACCAUAUCCGUUAUCCGCUAACCGCUCAGUGCCAAACAAGGCCGAUCAUAAAAAACGUGACAAGGCGUAAGCUUGAGCGUGUCUAGACAUGAAAAAAUAGGAGUUUUUUGGAUGUUUUUUUGUGCAAAGAAAAACUUGACCAAACUAAAAAAAAUUAUGUGAAAUCUAGUAUUUUGUAAAAAGUACUAUAUGUGGAAUCUAGUACAAAGUAGUAAAAGCAACACUAUAUCAUUUUGUUUUUGCACCUUUUUAUAUAUUUAAAAAUUUUAUAUAUUGAUGAAGUAAAAGUUAGGCCCAAUCUUGUAUAAUAGUACGAAGUAUAUUCUAGAAACAGUAAAUAUCAUUAUGAAAGUAAAUUUCAAUAGAAAUAUAAAAUGCGUUUUCACGUCUAGGUUUCGCCUAUUAUAUUCCCGCCUAGGCUUUGCUUAUCCCCAACUAAGCUUCAAAGGUUCGACUCGUUUGAGGUUUGACCUCGACGUCUUGUCACACCUCGUGCCUUUUAAACACUAGUCACAAAUCACUAACAUGUCAAAAACUAGAAAAAAGAUGGAGAGAAGAACUAAGAGAAACAUAAUGACUUUAACAUAACUAAAAGAGAAAAAAAAGAGAACAAAAGAAGAACAAAAUUUAAAUAAAAAUAAAUAUAAAUAAAAAAGAAUAAAGUUUUUUUAAAGAAAGUUAACUGAAUAGUACUAUGAGGAAGAGGAGGAAGAAAGAAAUAUUGAUUGGAAAAUCUACACAAUAAAAUUGAUGAGAAGAUGAAAUAAAAAAGUGACGAAAUGAUUAAACAAAAAGAGAAAAAAUCAAGUGAGAAAAAGGAAAAAAUGACAUAUGGUUCUGUUUUAAGAAGAUCGAUGAAUUUGAGAAUAUUAUAAAAUUAUGUGAAACUUGAAUCCUAUACCUAAAAGCACUACACUGGAGAGAGAAAAUUUUCCCGCCCAAGCAUUAUUCUCCGCUUAUCGUCAUCCUAUACCUAAAAGCACUACACUGGAGAGAGAAAAUUUUCCCGCCCAAGCAUUAUUCGCCGCUUAUCGUCAUAUACCUAAAAGCACUACACUGGAGAGAGAAAAUUCUUCCGCCGAAGAAUUCUCUGCCUAAAAUCCUAAAAUGUGAUUUCACUUUCCGCAAAAAAAG